ACAUUGAGGGCGCUGUUGAUGAAUUUUCAUUCAGUCAUUUUUUUGUUUUGAUUUUGGAAAAAAAAUUUUUUCUAAUUUGAAUCACUUAAUUACAAUCAGAUUGAUUAAUUAAUUUUACUUAUUGAAUUUUUUGAGAUACAAUUGACUAUCAAAAUGAGAGUUACAGUGACUACUUUAAGUGGUGAUGUUUUCUUCAAUCUUGAUGUUGCCUCCGAUCUUGAAUUGGGUAAAUUUAAAGAAGCUUGUGCUUCUGAUGCCGGGAUUAGUAGUAAUCAAAUGGAUAUUAUAUAUGAAGGAUCAAGAUUAAGUGAUGACACUAAACCAUUGAGCCAUUAUAAGAUUAAAGAAGGUGAUGUUGUUCUUGCUCAAGUUAAAGCUCCUUCUUCCUCUUCUUCCGGCUCAUCAUUUCCGUCCAAUCGACCAGCAGGUUUACCUGCAGCUCCUUUGCUUGAUUUCAGUUCUGUGGUAGUACCUGGAACUAUGGCAGGUAGCAGUGGAUCUCGUUCUUCAGGUGGUUCAAAUCGUCGACCAAGUGAAGAUCCUGCGGUUCUUCGGGAUAUGUUUCUCUCUAAUCCCGAACAAAUGGCUUUACUAAGGCACAAUAAUCCACUUUUGGCCACUGCCUUAGAGAGAGGAUUAGAUGACUUUCGGAAGGCGUUGGAUGAACAAAAGAAAAUGAAAGAGGAACAAGAUCGAUUACAAUUACGGUUACUUCGAGCUGAUCCAUUUGAUGCUGAAGCUCAAAGGUUAAUCCAGGAAGAGAUAAACAGACAGAACAUUGCUACCAACAUGGAAACUGCAUUAGAAUUUCAUCCAGAAAGUUUUGGUUCAGUUCAUAUGCUUUACAUCAACUGUAAAGUCAAUGGUCAUCCAAUUAAGGCUUUUGUUGAUUCUGGAGCUCAAUCGACAAUCAUGAGCUCCGGAUGUGCGGCGAGAUGUAAUGUUACCCAUUUGAUUGAUAAUCGAUGGUCAGGAAUUGCUAAAGGUGUUGGAACCCAGAAAAUUAUCGGUCGUGUUCAUUUAGGUCAAAUUCAAAUUGGAGAUGAUUUUUUACCUUCAUCAUUUAUAAUCUUGGAAGGACAAGAGAUGGACUUUCUCCUUGGACUGGACAUGUUGAAACGUCACCAAUGCUCAAUUGAUUUAAAGGACAAUGUCCUCGUCAUUGGUACAACGGGAACACGAACUAAAUUUCUCAACGAAAAUGAGAUACCCAAAAAUGAUAAAUUCACGUAAGUAUCAACCUGAUUGUCAACAAUUAACGUCCAAUGUACAAAAUUUUUACCAUUGAUCUUUUUUUCUAUUAAACAAUCAAAAGGCUCAA